AUGUCGACCAUCCAGCAGUUAAAGAAUUUCAUUCGGCACGGCAAGCAAGCCCGUGCCCCCAACGAAGAACCUGCCCGAAAGGCCGAAUCCUCACCCAAGCAGUCCAACACAAACGACAAAAGAAAGUCGGCCUCGGAUCCUACUAACGUCCAAUCUGCUGCCCCCGACUUGCACUCUGAACCUGCCGAGAAGGUGGCUCGCAAGGAAGAUUCCGCUAGCAUCCGUGCAAGUCGACGCGUUGACGACGCCAACCUUGCCAAGCUUGUCGCCGAAGAAAAUGCCUCCAAGACAAAAUUUCCCCAAUACCCCGGACUCGAGCGAUGGGUCCUUCUCGAGAAGAUGGGCGACGGCGCCUUCAGCAACGUCUAUCGCGCUCGAGAUACCGAGGGACAAUAUGGCGAAGUCGCCAUCAAAGUUGUACGCAAGUAUGAAAUGAAUAACAUGCAGCGCGCCAACAUCUUGAAAGAAGUCCAAAUCAUGCGCCAACUCGACCACCCCAACGUCAUCAAGCUCAUUGACUUCUCUGAAUCAAAGCCUUACUACUACAUCGUUCUCGAGCUCGCUCCGGGGGGCGAGCUGUUCCAUCAGAUCGUCCGUCUCACAUACUUUAGCGAAGAACUUUCAAGGCAUGUUAUUGUCAAGGUCGCCAAGGCCCUCGAAUACCUACAUGAGGAAAAAGGUGUCGUUCAUCGCGACAUUAAACCCGAAAAUAUUCUCUUCAACCCCAUCGAUUUUGUUACCGCCAAGGUUCAGAAGCCCAAGCAGCCCGGCGACGAAGAAAAAGCCGAUGAAGGUGAAUUCAUUGUUGGCGUCGGCGCUGGUGGUAUUGGUGAAAUCAAGAUUGCCGACUUUGGCCUGUCCAAAAUUGUGUGGGACAAGCAAACCAUGACGCCCUGUGGCACCGUUGGUUACACUGCACCCGAAAUCGUCAAGGAUGAGCGAUACUCCAAGUCUGUUGAUAUGUGGGCGCUCGUGGCCAAGGGCCAAUAUACUUUCCUGUCCCCUUGGUGGGACGACAUCUCCAAAUCGGCCAAGGAUCUCAUCUCCCAUCUCUUGACUGUCGACCCUGAGAAGCGCUACACUAUUACUGAGUUCCUUGCCCACCCUUGGGUUCGUGCCAGCGGUCCUACCCCACGCGAGGAGCGCAAACCGGAAGCGCCGCUUCGCGCUUUUGACCCCUCAAAACUGGACGACAGGCGAGUCGAUUUCCGCUCGCCUGGUGCCGUUAACCUGAGAGAAGUUUUCGAUGUGGGCUACGCUGUUCAUCGCCAAGAGGAAGAGGCCAAACGACGUGCACAGAUUGGUACCCGUGCUGGCCCAGGGCGCCCCCUAGGCGGCUUGAAUGAGGCAGAUGAGGAGGAAGAAACGGAGGUUGAUAACCAGCCUCAAGGUGGCGCACGUGUCCUGGAGCAAGGCAUGCGCAAAGCCAGUAUUCAGGACCAAGAUACCAACACCCGAGGGAGGGAGCGUGAACGCGCGACCAACGACAAGGGUUACGGGCAGCACUCGUCAGCAGUUACGGCUGCGGCCAGGCAACAGGUCCGCGACCGAAAUCGCAACAAGGGGCCGUUUGAGCUCAACCUUGACAACGCGACCCUGCUCGGCAAGAGAGGGAAGAAGAUGCCAAUUGUUGGCGCAUGA